GUACUGAGUGAGCUGUGAUUGGUCACAGCUUGUCACAUGGUACAAGGCUGUUGUGAAUAGCCUUGUACCAUGUGACCUCUGUGAUCAUUCACAGAUUUCACAUGUAGUGAGCAAUGAUGUCACAACAGUGAUCACAUGAUCAGGACCUCGUACAGAGGAGGACACAGCGGGCACCGGAUCGCGGUGCUGCGCGAUCCCAGGCAGCGCGCACAAGCAGGGUGUGGGGAGGCCGUUUAUAGACGGCCACCCAACCCUGCACUGCCACCGUCCGGCUGUUUAUAUACAAUGGCCGGUCGGGAAGUGGUU